GGGUGUGUCACAUGAUUUUCUUGCUCACCUGACACAUCUCGCAGAGUGGAAUUUUUGCAAAUUUGCAUUCAUUUUCUUGUGUUAAAUUCCCCAAAAAAGUACAGAAAAGAUGCCAGUUUGCGGACCUAAACUCUCCCUCUGUGGACUCAUCAUUUCCGUAUGGGGAAUAAUUCAGCUGGUCCUUAUGGGAGUAUUCUACUACAUCCACAGUGUGGCCCUGAUUGAAGAUCUCCUCCUGGAAGAACAUUAUCCGGGACCAGUUGAAUUCUAUGCUGCUGCAGAUAAGGCAUACAGCCAGAAUGCAUACAAUUGCUGGAUUGCAGCCUGCAUCUAUGUGCUCACCCUUGUCAUUUCUGGACAGCAGUUCUACGCCAAUAGUCGUUCCACAGCAAAUUAAUGUAGUCAUCCCAAAAAAAUGCAUAAUUUAAUUAUGAUUUCAUCAAUAAUUGUGUGUAUAUCUUUAAUAUUACCUACAAAUUAACUCUAAAGUACCCCCAAAAUUUUGGCGCAAGAAACCCCUUCCGUUUAUUGCGCAGAAAUCCUUGAUUUUGAUAAUUCUUGGACAAAACAAGAUUUAAUUUAUUGUUGUAAUAAAAAUCUUUUUACGUCAAUCCUGUACGAAGAAACUUUACCAUGUAAAAAUUUGACUUUGUGGGUACUUUAGUGUUAAAUACUAGAAAAAGAAACAUUAUUCUGCUUGGAAAGACAUUCCUGUAAAUAUUCGUCUAAAUAGAUCCAGUGGUGUGCAUCGAUAAAUUCAAAAUCAACAUGUUCUUUUUUUUCCAAUUCAUUCUAGCAGAGUCAGAUUAUCGCAGGACUAAAACCGAAAAUGUAUUGAGUAAUUUUAAAAGAAUGUUACUUAUUUUAGUUGAAAAAUAAACUGGUAAGACAAAAA